CCGACGCUUAUUAAACAUUAGACAGUUAUAUUCCACCAUUGCCAGCGGCUAUCUGAGUAACACAAGCCAUUUAUCAAGCCGUAUCACCAACCAUUAGGGACCGUUUAUCCAACCAUACCUCUGAGUCCUGUUAUUAUCGAUGACGGAGAGUACAAAGGCGCAAGACGCCCCCAUCCGCGUGCUCGGGCGCAACCACUACGCGUGUUCCCGGUGCAAAACGUCCAAAAUCAAGUGUUCAGGAGACCGACCAGCAUGCAAGAACUGCGUGCAAAGCGGCAACAACCACGACUGCGUCUACCCCUACAAAGACCGCAAAGUCAUUAUUCUCCAAUCCCAGUUGGAAAAACUCCACAAACGGAUCCACGAGCUCGAAAACGGUACCACAUCCGUAAAGCUCGAAGAGGAGACAAUCCCCAAGCACAAACGGGUAGAAACCCCCAACCAAGAACUACACCGAACCCCGGAGAGGGAGUCACCCGAGGAAAUCCAAGAAGCCGCAAGCAAUCCGUUAUUUCCCCACUCUGAUCGCGUGGGGUCUAUCUCGUGUCAGGUGUUUGACCACGCGCUAGAGUCAUUUCUCGGCGACUACGGCGGACUAGAUGGCUCGCAAUCUGCCAUGUCGCCACCGAACAGUGAUAGCGGUGCAGACGGGGUCAACUACUACCUCGAAGAUACCCUCCUUGAGAGCAGCAGCCCCAGCACAUUUGUGAGCCUCCCAGACAUCGCCUAUGCCCUCACUUUGAUCGAAACUGUGCGCAACUUCAACCGCGAGUACUACUUUUUCGACUACCGCGAGUUCGCGGCGCGAGUGCACCAGGUGUACGCGGAUCUCAACUCACAGGAUCCAAUCUUCCUCUGUCACUUCCUCUGCGUGCUCGCGAUCGGAGAGCAGUGCCGCAACGGCUCGCUCGCAAUCCAACAGCAGAAGCAGUUUCCCGGGCUCGAGUUCUUUGUGAAUGCAAUCCAGCUCUUCCGCCUCAAUAAGGAGGAGCACACGGCCGAGUACGUCCAGUGCGUGCUCUGUCUCGGCUUCUUUUCGCAGACGUUGAACCGCAGUAAUACGGCUUAUGGCUACUACGGCUUGGCGAUGCGACUGGCAUUGGUCUUGGGGCUCCAUCGUAAGCAGCCAGAAGAGGAUCGUGUGGUGCUGGAGAAGCGCAAGCGCGUGUGGUGGACGGUGUUUGUGCUCGACAGCUUGUGGGCAUCUAAGAUUGGUAUGCCUGUGCACAUUGAGAUCGGCAUGACGGACGUGGCGUUGCCGAUGGAGGGAUAUGAGGAUUUGGACGACGGCUUUGAGAUCGCCCAUUUGCAUGAGAACGUAAACUUGUGCCAGUACAUCGCAAAGAUUGUGCGCAAGGUGUACUCUCCGCCGUCCACCUUGGAAUGCCUCAAUGAUUUGGUCAAGUUGGAGAUUACGUGUCAAGAGUACACUCAGAGCAUCCAUGAGAACGGCGUGCUCCAGAUCCACAACCAGCUCUCACGCGGUGUGGUGAAUCUUUACCUCCGGUUCAAUCACCUCGUGAUCAUCACCACUCGUCCGCUAGCCCUUGCAAUUUUCAAGAAGUCCAUCCCUGAAACGGCCGAGACGCGCCAGGCCACCACGCGCUGCAUUGUCAGCGCGUGCUACAACAUCGAUGCACUCUCCAACUUGAAGAACUUUGGCCAGUUGACCACUGGAUUCUGGGACGGACAACACUGUUUCUCCGCGUUGUUGAUCUUGAUCAUGGCUUCACUCUCGGGCAAUCAGUAUCUCCCGUACAUAUACAAGGGUGUGGACAUUCUUAAGUUCUUGGCCCAACGUGGAAAUAUCAAUGCCAAGAGCCACUACAAUCGCCUAAAGGAACUUGACCGCUUGCUUGUGACCAUCGCCGAGAAGAACAAGAGCUUCAGCUUGAGCUUAGGAUUGGGCGCGUUGAAGUUAGACGAUGUGGGCUUUCACAUUCUCCCGCCAAUGUCAAAGCAGAAGCAGAGGCUCCAUCGGCAACAGUACACCGGGAAAGCCAAGACUGUCGACGUUCCGUCACUCCUGGAUUUCGGCUGCUUGCCUGAAAUUGACAUGCACGAAUUAGAUGCUUUUGGUCUGACCGAGAAGUCAUCGUCGUACAUGGAUCUUGGUAAUUACUUUCUGUACUCAAAGAUUGCGGAGCCUGGGUUUGAGUUCAAGGCGGAGGAGCCGAAGGAGAGCGAGGCGAAACAACAGCAGUUAGAUCUCCAGACGUUGCGGGAUAUUAACAAUAAUCCACACUUUACAUACGGGAGCCCUGAUGUGAUGAAUGGGUUGGACUAUUUGGUGAACAAUAUUGAAGGGUGGGUCAAUGAGUAGGUUGAAUAAGCCAGGUGGGGUCAAACAAGGAGUCCCAACUGAAAGAAUGAAGGAAGCGAUUUCGAACCUAAAGUCGUGACCUUGAGGAGGGAAGAGGCUUGGGAGUGUUUUUGUAAUUAGUGAUUUACAUCUCUGCGUAAGUAUAACAGUGGUUGCACGAUCUUAAUGAGUAAUGGUUUUGUUUGAAACAUGUAUCGGGACCUUUAUUUUUGAUUCAG